GUGGGGUGAGUGUCUUGAUGCCGGCUGCGGCGGGCGCAGCAGGAUUGCCUUUCUGGCACCCUUUCGAAGGCGGUCUCUUUUCUUGCUUGUUUGUCAAUGUCUCUGUCUCAAGCCUUGGCUCGGAGACGGCGAUGUGCUACUGCAUGAAGCAGAACCGGUCAGUGAAAAAAGAUGUUGGAUGGUCCCCGGAGGCUUGGAAGAGACGUCGACGCCGAGAGGCUGGAUGGAGGCAGACCGAUAGCUCGAGUGAGCCUUCUUGCCAGCAGGCUCUCGUGAUACGGUUCACCGCCAUAAGAUCAAGGGCGGGUAUAUGAAGAGGGAAGCCCUAGUCGGUGAAUUGGCUCGAUUUGGUUUCGUUCGACCCAGACUAAAGGCAGUUGCCGAGGAGAGUUCUUUGUUCUAGAACCAAGCCAUUCCAAAACCAGACAGCUUCAUCUCUUUUCAGGCCGAGGAUACAUAUCACCAGCUACCUUCAUUCAUCAUUCUCUCACUAUCAAUUUGUCUCUCACUUUAGCUCAAAUCAUAUCAACCCCUCUCAUAGCCUAUUCAUCCCUCCAAGUUGGAACAAAAUGGCACCCUCUGCUUUACCCGAAGAGCCCCAGAUGUACGCAUCAAGCAUCUCAGAAAUGGCGCGCGGCCGCAAGUUCUACCCUUCAAACAAGUUCAUCAUCAGCUGCGGCACAGUCACAAUCGACAUGCGGGCACGGCGCGUGCUGCUGAUAUACAACAAGAGACACGCAAUCUACCAGAUGCCCAAGGGACGGAAAGACAUUGGCGAAGACCUUCUCGCAGCGGCGUUGCGCGAAACACGCGAGGAGACGGGCGUUACGGUGAAGCCCGUCACCUUGAGACUCAGCACAAGAGCUACGCCUGCGGGUGGACCCUCUGGUGCCCCGGAGGUGUCUGAGGAGAUCACUGACACGGAACCGAUUGCUGUGUGUCACUACCCUGAUCCGGCUACCGGUGCUAUGAAGAUGGUGUUUUACUUUGUUGCAGAAGGGAAUUGUGAUCUUAGACCCGAGGGUUGGACGGGAGAGGACAGAGUCAAGUUUGACGUGAGCUGGGUCGAUGUUGAUGAAGCCGCGGACAAGUUGGCUUUCAAGGAGGAUGGCAUGGUCGUCACCAAGGCUCUGGAGGAUUUGAGAAAAUCGGGGUAUGAUAUCUGAUUUUGGGGGGCGCUUCAUUGGAUCAGGAAAAGUUGGGCGUUGGCCAUUUCAAAACGGGAGGCAGGAUUUGCGUGGGGUAAUUUGACUUGAGCACGACGCGCAGGCAUACGGUGUUGGCAUUGUCGGGAUCCUCUACUUUCUACGGGUUUGGGGAAAAGUCAAGAAGACAAUGGAACUAGGCCAAAUUGUUCACAGGAAG